AUGCUGUCGAUGGACGAAGUAGCUGCGGUGGCCGACGCGGCCAUCGCGGGGCUCUGGGCGUCCGGCGCAGCGGUCUCCCUGGUCACGAUGGCACCGGAGCGGAUGCGGCGGAACGUCUUCGUCCGCGUCACGCGCGCCGUUGGGGCCCGGGGGAUGACGUGGACAGCAGCGACGCAGGAGGGCGGUUGGUUCGAGCGCGUCUCAGUCCCGAAACGAUGGUUCACGCACAUGUACAUAGUCGGAACUACAGCGACGGCGCUGCUCCUUACCGGCAGCCUCCUCCUCGCCGCGCGCCCGGACGCAACCACCGCGGGCAGCGCGCUGCGCGCCCUCGCGCUCGCCCUCUUCCUCCUGCACGUCACGCGCCGCCUCUACGAGUCCGCCGCGGUCGCGAAACACAGCCCCGGCGCGCGCAUGCACCUCCUCACCUACCUUCUCGCCUGCGCCUAUUACACAACCACACCCAUCUCAUUCCUGGGCGCGUCUCACGCCGCCCACGCCGCGGAAGCCCUCCUCGCUGCGAUUCCCAGCGCGAACGUCACCUCCCUGGCUGCGCUGACGCAGCGCGGGCUGUCGGAGACCCUGUCAGGCGUCUUGCAGGGCGGGACAGCGGCGACGCUCUUCGGCGUCACGCUGUUCGUGUUCGGCAACGUCGCGCAGCACGGCGCGCACGCGUCGCUGGCCGCGCUGCGAAGGAGCGACGGCCGGGACGCUGGGAAGUACCGCCUCCCGCACGGGAUGCUGUUCGAGGGGCUGAGCUGCCCGCACUUCACCGCCGAGAUCGUGCUGUACGCUGGGCUGCUGUUUGUGGUUGCGCCAGCGACGGUGCCGCAGCUGUGCGUGUUCGCGUUCGUGGUGGGCAACCUGACGUCGUCCGCGCUGGAUCGGCACGCGUGGUACAAGGCUAGGUUCAAGUCGUACCCCGCGCACCGUCGCGCGAUCUUCCCGGGGGUACUAUAA